AUGAGACGGUUCUCAACAGCGGUGAUUAUCACGGAUCCUCUGGUCAAGUAUCAAACUCAUGUAGCGGCUGGCCUGUAUGCGCCAGAUCCAUCGCAGCAUCGGCUUGCCAGGCACUUACAAAAGAUAUAUCUCCGCAUCAAGGACUAUUCUCCCCAAACAGAAUACCGUCAACGCUUGAAACAAGUUGCUCGUUUGACCGAGGCAAAGUCAAAAGAGAAUCCGGAAGAAGAAGGGAAUAUUCUUGCGUUACGCAAUCACUCAAUAUGGCGGAACCCGCUCUUCAAGCAUCUCCUCGCAACACCUGAAGGGAAAGAGAGUCUCGCUAUGACCCGAGUACUUGCGAAUCACGAGUCUGCAAUCGAGAUAGACUCACCUAAGGGACUGUUUCUUUCAGGUGAAGUGGGCACUGGAAAGUCGAUGUUGCUUGACCUACUUGCAGAUGGUUUACCAACUGAGCGGAAGCGAAGGUGGCAUUUUAAUACCUUUAUGCUAUACACCAUCUCUCAGCUCGAGCAUCAUCGAAAAACCAACCCUGGAGUUGAGGAGGGAGAAACAGACUAUUCCAUCUUAUGGAUGGCCAAAAAGUUGGUCGACGAAUCUCCGAUCUUGUUUCUCGACGAAUUCCAGUUACCCGAUAAAGCGGCCAGCAAGAUCCUCAGCCACCUGUUCAUUGCAUUUUUUCAACUUGGUGGUGUUCUCGUUGCGUCUUCCAACCGUAUGCCUGAAGAGCUUCAGAAUGCAAUUGGUGUCGAUUAUACACCUGCGCCAACAAGGGGCUUGAUUCGCAAAUUCUUUGGCGGCGCAGUACGUGCUCGAGGCGAGAUGUACGGGUCAACCAGCGAUUUUGCAAACUUUCUCGAAGUGUUGAAGGCUCGGUGCGACUUUUGGCAGAUGGAAGGAGCUAAAGAUUGGAGGAGGAGAGAAGAGACCGACAGCCCUCUUGUUGUGGCUGAGAGUGCUGCCGAAGGUGAAGCUGUUGUGGAGGAGGCUGUCACUCAAGACAAGCCGGAACGAACUACUAAGAAGCCAGUGAACUAUUACCUGUCAACGGAUGAGCAAGACGCAUGGCGAGAGCGAGUAAUGACUGCUAUUGCAUGGACGGACCCUGUUUCACUACCAUGGAAACCCUCAACGGUCGUGGUAUACGGACGAAAAGUUCACACACCUCGACACUACAACGGCUAUGUGUUCUGGGACUUUGGAGAUCUGGUUGAGGCCUUUGGACCAGCUGAUUACAUUACAAUGGCCUCUACUUACCAUACAUUUAUCAUUGACAAUAUUCCUAUCCUAACAUACGCAACAAAGAACGAGGCGAGACGAUUUAUUACCCUAUUAGAUGCUCUAUACGAAGCUCGCUGUAAACUCAUUAUUCGGGCGCAGAACCCUCCGGAUACACUGUUCUUCCCCAAAAAGAGAGGUCUUGCAAAUGGAAAACCAAACAACACAAACGAGCCGGAUGAUCUCAUCUCUGAAACCAUUGCCGAGGUAUAUCAAGAUCAGAUGUCUCCAUUUCGACCCAAUGUGGCAUACUACGAUACAAAGUCAAACACCGCAAACUACGAUCCAGACCAGGACUCAGACUUUGGCAUACAGACCAAGCCCAUCGACUUUGCGAACAGAAGCGCGUUCACCGGAGAAGAUGAGCGGUUCGCAUACAAGAGAGCUAUCUCUCGAUUAUGGGAACUAUGUAGUGCGCAGUGGCAUGCUAGGACAGGGGAUUGGUGGCAACCGCUGCCCCUCGAGGCACGGCACUGGGAAGGAGGCACUGUCACGCAGCGAGUCGAACAUCAAAUUGGUGCAAGUCGACUGAGCAAAGAAGAAGGGAUGGGCCAGAGUUUGGAGGUUGAUGAAAUGGCUGGACUGUCAAAGUGGAGAGUUGAAGAUCUGAAGAAUAGCUCGGAAAAGAGUGUCUGA